AAUUUGGCGCUCCAUACAUCUGAGUUAAUGCCGACGACUGCGGCAUUUAGAGCGAAUAAUAUGCUGUACUUUGCCGGAAAACUCAAGCCGUCAUCGGUAAUACCGAGAAAAUUUAGGGCAGGAUGGAACUGGAUGACAGAUUUACCAAAAAGUAGGCAAUUCUGUGGCUUGGAUAUUGGACAGAACAACAAAAACUUUACCAUGCUUAGGUUUUCACUCCUUCACCAAUUCAGGGCGCUGCCUGCUCGAUCGACACCGCCCUCCUUCCGCCAUCUCUUAAGACAUUGCGUGCGCAGGAUUCAGGGUCAAGGGUCUAUCUUGAAGGGCGAGAGAGGAAUUAAAGGGACAUGGACGCCUUCUCGGACGCUGGCCUUCGGGGUCGGAGCCGGGGUAGCUCUGCAUACCGGUUCCAGAAUACAUCGGGCAGAAUGUACAUUUAAAGCAACUGGAGCCACAAGGCUCCUGGAGAAGGAGACCAACGGAUCCGGCCUGGAGACCAACGGCGGGGAGCACUUCUGGGAGGUCCUCAAGUUCUUGAGGGAAGACGUCCUGUAUCUCCUGUUAGCUGUUGCAAGCGCUAUGUUAGCUGCCUUCAUCAACGUUCAGAUUCCCUUGCUUCUUGGUGACCUCGUGCAGGUGGUGUCAGAGUUCACUGGCAGAGAGCAUGCUGGGAACUAUCUAGAAGCCGUUGCUCGGCCAGCCCUCCGUCUUACGUCAGCUUAUGGCAUCCAGGCAGUAUGUACCUGUAGUUACAUUGCUAUCCUCUCCUCCGUCGGAGAAAGGUUGGCAUCCAGGCUCCGAACAGCUCUCUUUAGCUCUCUCCUCAAACAAGACAUAGCCUUCUUCGACGUACAUCAUACGGGUGAAUUAGUGAACAGGUUAUCAGCUGAUGUACAAGAUUUCAAGAGUUCAUUCAAGUUAUGCGUCUCUCAGGGAUUAAGAGGAACAACACAAAUAGCAGGGUCAGUGAUCUGUAUGUACAGCCUAUCACCAAAGCUGACCGGUGUACUGGUUAUCACUUUACCAGUCAUAGUCCUAGCUGGUGCUGCCAUAGGUACUGUGUUGAGAAACCUAUCCAGGGAUGCCCAAGAACAGACAUCAAGGGCCAUGUCUGUGGCGGACGAAGCUCUGGCAAACAUGAGAACUGUCCGAGCCUUUGCCAUGGAGGAGCAAGAGGCUGCCCUCUUUAGGCAGGAGUUGGAAAGGGCAAGUGGUCUUCAAUCUCGACUUGGUUUCGGCAUCGGCUUGUUCCAGGGACUCACUAAUUUAGCUCUUAAUGGUCUCGUGUUGGGCGUGGUCUACUACGGCGGCUAUCUAAUGUCGUCCAAUGAGGUUCAAGCGGGUCAACUCAUGUCUUUCCUUGUUGCAUCACAAAAUGUCCAGCGGUCACUUGCAGCUAUUUCUAUCCUCUUUGGUCAAGCGGUCAGGGGGGUUAGUGCUGCUGGUCGAGUAAUGGAGUAUAUCAAAAUGGAACCCAGUAUUCCUUUGACCGGGGGCAAGUGUAUACCAUACCACAGUCUCUAUGCCAACGUAGAAUUUGACAAGGUGACUUUCAGCUAUCCUUCAAGACCAGAGCAGGUAAGUGAAUAUUUUCUUCCAUGUUUGCAAACAAAUUCAUUGAUUGAUUUUAUGUAUCUCUAAUUCUCAUAAAAUGUUAGAGGCAAAAGAAAAAUAUUCAAGCAAUGCAAAGAAUAUGGGGAGCCAGCAGAAGGCCAUUCAUCAAGAUUAGUCUUCAUUGAUUUUCGGUGUAAAAAAUUGUCUUUUCAUUUUCUGUUUCAGUGUGAUCUAAAAUGGAAAGUCCAUUUUGUCAUAGAACUAUAUACACAGCAAAAACAGAAUUAUGUUUUGCGAAGGAAAAUUUUGUCAUUAAAAGAAAAGAACCAAACAAAUUUUACAUAUUUAUUUACCAGUAGAUUGAAAACUGCCUAUCCCUAUGUUACUUUGUUUUUUUUCUAAAAUGAGUGUGUAGUCCUCAAUAGGACUGUAAACAGACCUGCCAACCAAUACGUUUUAGACGUAUUUAGUACGUUUUUGCAACCAAAAUACGGCAGUACGUUUUUUCUUUAAAAAUGUGUUUUUUGUAUUAAAAAAAAUGUUUUUUUUUUUUAUACAAAAUCGUAAUUUAUUGAGAAAAAUCAUCUCAAUAUGUCUCUAUUUCAUAAAACGUAUACAAAUAUGGUUAUUAGAUCAAUGUAAUUUCAGGUAACUUGUUUUUUUUCAAUCAUUUUGUUAAAACCAGGGUGAGAUAUACACAUGUUUCAAUGUUUUUUUGUUUUUUUUAUCUGCAAGAGCAGUGCGCAUUAUAGCUUGCAUGCAGCUUGAACGCCGCGAUGAGCGAGUGCGCCAAGCAUUUUAUUAUGAAAUACUUUUUUUGGGGGAAAAAUACACUUUUGGCAGGGUCUGUGUAAAUCAGAAAAGUUGAGAGUCUUGACUAGUUGGAGAGAUGAGUGACGGCUAUCUUGAGUCGCCGAGUUGAGUUGGUAAACUUUUAGUUGACACAUUUGCUCUUGCGACAUUUCUUGAUAUCCCAGAGGGCCUAGGGUUAGAAUUGGGAAUGUAAUAGACUUUCUGGUUCAUAAUCAUGUAAAGAUAAGAGUUAUGAUUGAUCUGAUCAAUCCCAACUAUGUCUUUCUCUAUCCAUUUAUCACUAACUCUUUCUUUCUCUCUCUUUUCCUCUCUUUCUUUCUCCCUCUCUCUUCAUCUUCUCUUUUAUCUCUUAGCAUCACUCUGUCAUUUUUAACCAGCUCUACAUAGAUUGAACCAAAAGAAGAACGGCAGAUGAAACAAUUAUAUAUAUCU